ACUGUGAGAAUCCGUAUUCUGCGCUUCUGUCAGACCUGUACAGCCACAUACAGAAGCAAGGUCACAGUGUGAAGCUCGCGCAGCCACGCAGGACAGUUCUGCGGAUCGUUCUACACAGCCUCGGUUCCCCGUUGUGGCCUCAGCCAGACUAUCUGCCUCGGUUUCUGCUCUCCCUUCGUCACAUGCUACAGGCUGCGUUUGCCUGCGUUCUAAUCACAUUAUCCACUGACAUGGUUGAGCGAGCUGUAGUAGAGCAGUGUGAGCACUUGUCUGACACGGUUGUCCGACUGCAGUCUCUAGCAAACAACUCUAACCCUGCGUACAGUGAGUACAACGGACUGUUGUCUGUAGUCAAGCUGUGCAGCCUCAACACUCUCACUUCACAUACGCCUGACACCCACGACUGGGCUUUCAAACUCAGGAAGCGAAAGUUUGUUGUCGAGAAACUCCAUCUGCCCCCGGAACUGCUAGAGUCUGCACAACGAGAGCAAGACGAAAUCAUCUCCACUCCAACGAUGAGCUGUGCGACAAGUGGAGGAAGAGGCAAAGCUCUGGACUUCUAGAAAUAGUUUGAAUGUGUCACGUUUGUCUCCCAGUAAAGUUUAUAAAGCUGGAUUUUCAUAGGGGCGGAACGCAGAGAAGCGAUUUUAAUGGCGGUCUGCUCUGCUGUUAGGUAAUCAGUACCGUUAAAUUUCCUCAGAAAAGAGGAGAACGGACUCCACACUUCGCAUUCCGCACCUAGGAAAAUCCAGCUGUAGGGAGAGCCAAUGUACUACCAUUGACUAUUGUUGAACCAGACAUUCCAUCCCCAUGUUAAAGUUAUCACCAUAAUUAGAAUUAAAAUGGACAUAGUUGAAUUGAACCAACGAAAGAGUGUUGUGUUGUUAUAAAUUAUUUUUUUAUACCAAUUUUACAAUCAAUUAUUCAAUUUUUACUGAUAGGAUGACAUUUUGUAAGCUAUAGCUCCUCAUUUGUUGCAUGAACUUCCUCAGUAACAAAAACUAACGGAUAAAACAAAAUUUUAAACUGUAGCACAGUCUAUGGCUUAUUCAACUGUUUUGUUUUUGUUUAAACAACUUUUGUCUAGAUGGGAUGUUUACUUGUGUAACCAAAAGUCAAUGCUGGAACUUCAACAUGGAACUGGGAUGUCUAUUAUUCUCCAUAGUUAUUUUAUUUAUGCAACUGUACAAAUUUUUUUUAAUACCCUGGUACAAAAUAAUAAAAUUAUUUUUAUUUUUUA